CCACUACAUACGCGUGCUUUUUACGCUUAACUUAAACUCUAUCUCUUAAGCAUCCACUUACACUACACCCUUCCAACCAGUCAUACCAAAACCAUGAAACCCCCCUUUCUCACCGUGGCCAUCUACCACCCCCGCUACGGCAACUUCCAACACUGGGCCCUUCACCUCCACUCGGACACCGAGGAUCUCAUUUUCGAAGUCGAUGGCGAACAUCCCUCCUUUCAGAAAGUCGUGUCCCGCGGGCUCCCCUCCGAUAACUUGGGGUUCAUCGAAUCAGUGUUUGUGUGCCAGAUCGGCAGGCCUGAUAUUCCGACCGUCAAGACCGUCGUCAACGCCACGCUGGUGGACAAUGAGACUCUCGAGUGGGACUGUCAAGACUGUGCUGGAUAUUCUGGAGGGGUGUGAGGAAGAGGCCGUGUUGGAUAAGGACGACCCCGAUUAUGUAGAGGCGAUGGAGAUCCUGCGGAGUAGACGGGGGCCGAUCCUUUAGAUCUGCAGAUAAGCUAUGGGGUGUGUAAUCCGUGUGUAUCGAUAAGAUGCCCGACUAUAAUUUAAUGGGAAUUAAUGGGUAGAAAGAUAUUAGUCCGGAACUCCUCCCGAGGUCGGAUGCACGAGCCG